AUGAAUCUAAAUCGUCGCAUGCUCACCAGGGAAGAUGAGGCAGCGACUGGCGGUGAAGAAAUGGAAGUGCGUCGUGAAGAUCAAGACAAGAUCAACAAGUUCAGCAGACUACAUCAACGCGAGGCAAAGCUCGAAGAAGAGCUAGCGGCGAAGAGGAAAGACAAGGAAGAUCUUGAAGAAGUGUCGACUGAACUGGAGCUUGUAGACGAAGACGAGAAAGUCCCAUACAAGAUUGGAGACUGCUUUGUAUCGAUUCCUCAGCCAGAGGUGCUAGAGCUUUUGUCGGCAUCGACUGAGGAAAUCGACAAAGAAGUGACGAGUCUAGAGGAGAAGCUAGAGACGACGCGAGAGGAAAUGCAGGAGUUGAAGGUUGCGCUGUACGCGAGGUUUGGACGGAGCAUCAAUCUGGAGACGUAA